CAGCCCCUGCCUAGGAACCGACCCCACCCUUCUCGGUCUCGGCUCCUCCGUCCGCUGUCCGGGAUGUCCUGGUGGGGCCGAGCUCCGGGUAUCUGCCCUGGGGCCGCAGGAGCCACACACUCCGGUGCUCGGCGCUGUGGUGUCCCAGCGUCUUGAUACCCCCAUACCCUGGCACCGCUGUGCCCUGACAGCCCGGUUCACCAACACCCCUGUAUCCUGCUUCCCCAGACUCGGGCUCCUGAUCCCACUGGGAUGUCCCCUGGGCCACCUUGGCACCCUGCCACCCCGGCCUCAGUCGGCCUCACCACGCGCCCCAUGGCCGGGCUGCACCUCCAGCACUCGCCCAGCCUUUUUUAGUGCCUGCCCGCUCACUCCUCACUGUUUCCUUGGGAAUGUCUAUAAAUAUCGAGGAAGCAGCCCAGCUGCUGCCAUCGCUCUGUCCACCGCUUGCUCACUGUGCCCUGUUCCAGCACCCUGCACCCCACCCGGGCUCAGAUGGGACCCCUGAACUUCCCUGGGCAGGGUGGGAGGCACCAGGGGCUGGACUUGUUCCCAGCUCCCACCUGGUGAGUGGGGGUCCCAGCAAAACCAGGAGCCAGAAAACCCCUGGGCAUCCCUGGCACUGGGAUCUUACGGGACAGAGAUCUGUCACCCUGACCCCACUGCAGCCCUGAGGCUCCGAGCACCACAGGGCAUGGGCCACUUGGCCAGUGCGUCCCCAGAGCCACCGGUCCCAGCCAGUCCUGGCAGCAGUGGCUGGCACGAGCUGUGCGUGUGAGGACUGAGUCUUCGAGGAGGCACCGGGCAUAAUUCCCACUCCUCAGAAGCACGAAAAGAUGGAGCCAUUUCCGGAAACAGGUGCCAGCAGCGCUGGGGACCCCAAACCGUGGGGCUCAUGCUCUAAAUCUCUCCAGGGAUUUUGUGCCCCAGGUUCCACGGGGGACCCCUUCCUUAUCUGGUUUGGGGGGCUGCAGCACUGCUCUGCCUGGGUCCCCUGGAGCAGAAAAUGGGGGUGCAGGGGGGCACACUGUGCUGGGGAAAACCGUCUGGGUAUUGGGAGCUUGGCGCAGGAAGAGCUGCAUUUUCAGGGGCCAGUGGGUGAUAGUCCAUGCCCCCUGAGCAGGGGGGACCCUGUCCCCCUUACCCGGGUGAUGCUGACGGCUCCAGGGCUAUUUUUAACCCCCUCAUUGCUGAGUUGCCUUGGAUGGGGGUGUUGGGGGUGGGCAGAGCUAAGCUCCUUCCACAGCUUUGAUCUCCCUCCUGAAGGGCUUGAAUUUCCAUCCCAGCCUCAUCCCCACGUUAAUCCCAGCCCUUGGCCAAUAAAGCUUUGGCUAAAUUAGGUAAAGGCGCCAGUUGCCAGUGAGAGGGGCUGGGUGCUGCCAGAGCGCUGAUAGGCUGAGGGGGCCAGGGGGCAGUAGCUGGAAGCACAUCCCACAGAGGAGACACUACAAAUUGGGGUGCCAGGGGCACCAGGAAGCUUCUGGGAGUUCCUGCUGCAGGAGCUGGUGGUUCUCUGUGGGAGGGAAGCACCAUAAAUUCCCAAGAUGACGGACCAGCAGGCAGAAGCCCGUGCCUUCCUCAGCGAGGAGAUGAUUGCGGAGUUCAAAGCCGCCUUCGACAUGUUUGAUGCCGAUGGCGGUGGAGACAUCAGCACCAAGGAGCUGGGGACGGUGAUGAGAAUGCUGGGCCAGAACCCCACCAAAGAGGAGUUGGAUGCCAUCAUUGAGGAGGUGGAUGAGGAUGGCAGCGGCACCAUCGACUUCGAGGAGUUCCUGGUCAUGAUGGUGCGCCAGAUGAAAGAGGAUGCCAAAGGAAAGUCUGAGGAGGAGCUGGCCAACUGCUUCCGCAUCUUUGACCGGAAUGCGGAUGGGUUCAUUGACAUUGAGGAGCUGGGUGAGAUCCUGAGAGCCACUGGAGAGCCUGUCACUGAUGAGGACAUAGAGGACAUGAUGAAGGACUCAGACAAGAACAAUGACGGUCGCAUCGACUUUGAUGAGUUCCUGAAGAUGAUGGAGGGCGUGCAGUAAGGGACCAGACAUUCCUCAGGCCAGCUGCUGCACCCAGCCCUGCUCCCCUGCUGUCCAGGGAGCAGCAGCUCCACAGCACCUGGCCCUCAGCACUGGCUGGGACCUUGCUCUGUGCCAGGGUCCUGGUCUCGUCUCACCACCGGCGGCUGAGCUUUUCCUCCCAUCUGUCACCUGUGGCCUUGAUUUGAGCCUCAAUU